AUGUUCCACUACCUGCACGCAGAUUUGGACGACUUCUUGUUCGUGCAAAUGGUGGACGCUACGCGGCUUAUUGUGGCUAAAACUCCUGCCGUCGAAGAUGUGAUGCGACCAUGGAUACAGUGCGCCCUCACGCUCGACUGCAUCAUGCCCAUAGGUGUGCUGGGUUGGCCUCGCCGCGCCGCCGUCACCUCACUAACGCAUCCGCGGAUGUUCCACUACCUGCACGCAGACUUGGACGACUUCCUAUUCGUGCAAAUGGUGGACGCUACGCGGCUUAUUGCGGCUAAAACUCCUGCCGUCGAAGAUGUGAUGCGACCAUGGAUACAGUGCGCCCUCACGCUCGACUGCAUCAUGCCCAUAGGUGUGCUGGGUUGGCCUCGCCGCGCCGCCGUCACCUCGCUAACGCAUCCGCGGAUGUUCCACUACCUGCACGCAGAUUUGGAUGACUUCCUAUUCGUGCAAAUGGUGGACGCUACGCGGCUUAUUGUGGCUAAAACUCCUGCCGUCGAAGAUGUGAUGCGACCAUGGAUACAGUGCGCCCUCACGCUUGACUGCAUCAUGCCCAUAGAUGACUUCCUAGGUGUGCUGGGUUGGCCUCGCCGCGCCGCCGUCACCUCGCUAACGUAUCCGCGGAUGUUCCACUACCUGCACGCAGACUUGGAUGACUUCCUAUUCGUGCAAAUGGUGGACGCUACGCGGCUUAUUGUGGCUAAAACUCCUACCGUCGAGGAUGUUAUGCGACCAUGGAUACAGUGCGCGCUUACGCUGGACUGCAUCAUGCCCAUAGGUGUUCUAGCCUGGCCGCGUCGCGCCGCCGUCACCUCGCUAACGCAUCCGCGGAUGUUCCACUAUCUGCACGCAGACUUGGAUGACUUCCUGUUCGUACAAAUGGUGGACGCUACGCGGCUUAUUGUGGCUAAAACUCCUGCCGUCGAAGAUGUGAUGCGACCAUGGAUACAGUGCGCGCUUACGCUGGACUGCAUCAUGCCCAUAGGCGCCCAGUCGGCCGGGUGCAGGUUCGACAAGAAGCCCCAGUACCGGUACUCGGGCUGCCACGGGCAGGACGCGUCGGCGCUCAGUAUCAUCCUGGGGCUCCGCUCUGGGUUCGAAGAGUCCCAGUAUGCAGUGCGAGGCGGGAGAACACAAUGGCGCCACGUGACUGAUGCUGCCGCACGCGCCUCCUUAGCAGAACUACUGCGGAAUAAUACAGACCAGGAUGCUCCCACGCCCGCGCACCUCUAACCAGUUGCAGCGCCUGCCUGCUGAAGACCGGAUUCCCCUAAUUGCAGCGCCCGCCUGCUGAAGACCCCCAACUCACAGAAGAAUGCAUGCGUGAAGUAAAACGAUUUUGCCGUAAAAGCAUGAAACGCGCGGUGGUACAGUACGAUUCAAACUUUAUAACGUCUGUGAAGUUAGGUGCGCGCGGAAUAUCAAUGACCUGAAACUCGCGCACUCGUUGCUAACUUCACAUCUUCACAACCGCUAUAUGUUUGUUUCGCACUAUACUGCUUUGUGUGAUUCGUAUGGAACAAUGCGGUUGUAUUUAGAGUUCGUUGCACUAUAGUACUACUGCUAGAACUCUACGCAACGUAUCUCGUUUAAAUUGAACGUCAAAGCUAAACUUUUGCGGCAGUAUCAAUACAUUAUUUCCUGGUAUUUUCUUCCUUAUAAUUUAAAAGUGUCAAAUUUUGUUAACCAGAGCUUGCACUGGCUGUACAGGACCUUAACAAUAUUAGGUUUCCCAUAGAAGUGAACUGAAGAUAAUACAGUGUAUAUGUCGUGAUAAUAAAUCGAAGUUUUGCGAAAAUCGUAGGGCUUUUGCGGAAACGCGGAUAAUGAGCACAAUGGCGAUGAUAUUACUCAAUCUUACUGAAAAAAAUAGGAUUUUUGCAAAAAGCGAGUCGCCUCAGUAAGAUUGUGAAAAGAAUCGAUGGCUUAUUAUAAAUAUUAUUGACUUCACGUUAGAUUACUGUUAUGACCAUGACUAUAUAAUUAUGAAAUUAUGUUAUGAUAAUUAUCCGUGCUUACGCAAAAACCCUAGGUAUAUUGCGUAAAUUCGAUUUCUCAAAUCAUCCUAUGACUUAUACUUAAUAUAGUCAUUAACUAGGACUUUUUAUAAGCAACACUGAACAUUCACUGCCCGAGAAAGUAAUCGAUUUUUAAAUCCCAAGUUUUAUGGAAUCGCAUAUUUUGAUGCAUCUUAAACAUAGCUUAACCUUAAUGAUUGACUUAUUAAGUAUAAUUACAAUAUUAUCUUAUGAAUAUAAAGCUGUCAGUUCGAAAUAAAUAUUCAGAUGAGAUUUUACUGUAAAUAAAAAAAACGUUACUACUCAUUUAAAAUAUAAAUUUACGAAUACAAACACGCGAAUAAUAUUUGGCAAAUUCAAAUGACCUCAUGAAUCAACACACACGCGAAUUGCGGUGUGUGAGAAAAAUAGAUUAUAACAAUAUUUUCAUGAUGCAUUAUUACAGUAAUUUAAAUCAGUAUACAGUUUACCCCAAAAACAGUUUGAAUUACUUAUAUAAUUUUUAUAUGAGGCAAAUUAACUAGAAUUUGUGGACUGGCCAGCGGGACUGACUAACAUAGAGCAACACAGUCGACGUGGCCAGGAGGGGAGUAGGCUAGAUAGAUGUGGCCAGGAGGGGAGUAGGCUAGAUAAACGUGGCCAGGAGGGGAGUAGGCUAGAUAAACGUGGCCAGGAGGGGAGUAGGCUAGAUAGAUGUGGCCAGGAGGGGAGAAGGCUAGAUAGACGUGGCUAGGAGAGGUAGGCGGGGAAUACACAGCUUCUCCUCUGUCGGGUUGGGCAUACAAACGAUACGUGUGUGCAGGGUUUGAAGGUAUAUUGUGUCAUAGUUUAUAGUAACAGUUUUGUUUUAUAUGCGUGUACGUUAAACUGCAUUUGUGUGAAUAUUCCCCGCCGCAAAAAUACAGAAUGAUUUGAAUUAUAUUAUGUGGCUAUGGCUACUCCCUUCCGUGUUGCUCUAUGGCUAAUAAUAAUCAACUGACGUUUUCAAGGAAGGUAAAGAUGGCAGCUUACUUUUUGACUAAAACCACAGACUAAUGAACUUGCGCAGUAGACGUUUUUGUAUGUAACAUUGCUACUGCGCACGCUUCCUUGUCUAUGGUCGUUGCUCAAGAGUUUGCCGGGAUGUUUAAACGUUAUGAUCCAAGCUUUACGAAUUAGCUUGUCUGCUCAUGAAAUGUUAAGCUCUCUUCUUUCCUACUGUGAGCAUCUGAGGGGCUUACGUUGAUUUUAUGAAUAACGUCAAUUUCACGCUGUGAGUUGCGCGAGCGCAAUUUAUUGAAGGGUGCCUGCUACCCAUUUUUUAUAGCUUUUACUUCCUAUACCUAUUUUAUAGUCAAUUUUGUAAUAAUUUAAUUCCGUAUUGAACGCUAACUCGUAUUUAUUUUAAUUUUAUUUUGACACUCGACGAUGCACAGUCGGUUGUCAAACAGUGAUUCUUUUGCCUAAAAUUAUUUAUGAUUGUUAAGGAAGUAUUUUUUUAAUUUGUUUUGGAGUUGCUAAGCGAGCCUAUCCAUAUCACGGGAAACCACUCCUACUGGUGUAUUAAUUAUAAAUACGUAUGUUAUGGCGACGUCAUUUGUGAUUAUAUAAUAAUAUAUGGAACAAAAUGAGGGAAGAGAUUAUUAUAGAGAAUGUUUAUACAUAUUUUUUUUUUUUAGUUUUAUCGGUAUGAUUGUUAUAUUUAAUGGCAAGCGACUCGAACAAAAUUAUAGACAAUGAAUAUUGCUCAACUUAAGCCAACGACACAGGUUCAAACUAAAAAAAAAGAAUCGAUUUCUAGUUCACGACGUUUGGGGGCGUGCCUCACGCAUAGGUAAAAUUUUACUUAGGCUUGGUGUAAGCGGUUGCCCUUGUGUACUCUAGUGGGGGUGCUCCAUGCGCCGUCCCCAAAACCGGUGAAGCUGUAAAGGUUAUCUGCGACCAACAGCAUACACACUCAAAAAAAAUUGUGUGUGUCAGCUCCGACGCACGACUGGAGUUUACUCCUUAAGUUCGAUAGUCUAACCAGACGCAAAAAGAGUUUAUUUAACUUAAAAAGAUUGAUACUGUAUGAAAGGGUAAAUUAACAAAUUAAUGAAAAUAAUAUACAUAUAUAAAUAUAUAUUUAUUCAUUUCAUAUACAUUUAUUAUAACUAAUCGACGAAAUAUUUUACAUUAAACUUUUUACAAUAGUCAAUUUCAGAUGUGCAUAAAUAUAUCAUUAGGAAUGUUGAUAAAUUAUGUAAUUAUUAUUAUCAGACUAUUAUCAUUUUUUUAAAUAUUAAUUAAAUCGACAUUGUCUGCAUUAUUAAUUACAGUGACAAGUGGUUUAUGGUAACUAAAAUAAGACACAUGGACGUUCGUAGAUACGUGGUUCACGAAUCUUGAAAAUACCGCAUCAAUGGUCCAUACCAUACCUCGUUGUCCCCAUUGCUCUAUCAGAAACAAUAUCUAAAUUCAGUUCAGAUUUAAAAUUUUUUAUUAAUGUCAAUCCGUCAUCUUUGUUUGUCAAAGUUGCGCGACAUAGGAUACGCACCAAAAACGUAACGAGGUCAUUCAUCGAUAGAUUUUACUCCU